GAUAUGGUAGUAUGGGCUGCCAGAAAAUUCGUUUUAAAUUUAAUUUUUCAAUCAGUUGCACAAGGUUUUUUAAAAAAUGGAAUAAUGCAACUCCAAUGGAGGAUAAGUUUUGAUAUCAACAAGGCUGACGUAUUUACUGUGAUAUGUGCAGCAUUAGCACUGCGAGGCAUUAUUUCCCUUCAGCCUUACUCUGGAAAAGGAACACCUCCGAUGUAUGGUGAUUAUGAAGCUCAAAGACAUUGGCAAGAAAUAACGAUAAAUUUAAAUCCAACGAAUUGGUACACAAAUUCGAGUAAAAAUGAUAUGCAAUAUUGGGGCUUAGAUUACCCGCCGUUGACUGCAUUCCAUAGUCACAUAUUAGGAAGAAUAGCGAAACACGUCAACGAAAGUUUUGUUGAACUUAAAACAUCACGUGGAUUUGAGUCAAAUGAACACAAAAGUUUUAUGCGUCUCAGUGUUUUAUGGGCAGAUUUAAUAAUCUAUAUACCUGCAAUAUUAUCACUUGGAUUUGCCAUAACAAAUACAUUAAAAGACAAAUUAUUUUUAGCUUGUUUUUUUGUGCUUUCUUUAAAUCCAGCUCAAAUUCUUAUUGACAAUGGACACUUCCAAUAUAACAAUAUAUCACUUGGACUAACGGCUUUCGCGAUAUAUUUUAUUUUAAAAGGAAAACACUGCUUAGCUGCUUUUUGUUUUACACUCGCUUUAAAUUACAAACAAAUGGAACUUUAUCAUUCUAUACCCUUUUUCGUAUAUUUAUUAAAGGUUUCUUUUUCGCAAAACAGUUUUAAAAAUAAAAUAAUAACUUUUAUAAAAAUUGCUGUUACCGUGUUGGCAACGUUUGUUAUAUUAUGGCUUCCAUGGAUAUAUUCUAUAAAUUCAGUCUUGACUGUUUUACGAAGAUUAUUUCCACUUGCUCGAGGAGUUUUCGAAGACAAAGUAGCUAACUUUUGGUGCUCAUUGCAUACAUUUUUGAAAUUAAAAAACUAUAUUUCUAACCAGGGAAUGGCUGCAUUAUGUUUUAUUGCAACUCUUAUAGCCACAUUACCAGCUAAUGCGAUGCUUUUUGUAACCAAAACAAAAACCACAUUUUUUCUUUCUUUAACAAAUACAGCUUUGGCGUUUUUCUUAUUUUCCUUUCAAGUUCAUGAAAAAUCUAUAUUAUUGGUAACACUUCCAGCAACGUGCUUAUUUACUUACAAACCACAUACAGUAAUUUGGUUCCUGGAAACUGCAACAUUUAGCAUGUUUCCGUUAUUAAUACGAGAUGGUCUAACAAUACCAUAUUUUGCAAUAUUUUUAGUAUUUUUCAUUCCUUUAAAACAAAUAUGUCUAAAUGAUUAUAUGUUACCACAAAGAGAAAACAAAAAAAUUAAAUUUAUUUUAAAUUUAUCUACAGGUUAUAUUCUUAUUAUAUCCCUUGCUGCUGUAUUAAUUUCUCCUCCACAAAAAUAUCCAUUUAUUUGGUCUUUAAUAAUCUCCUUUAUUAGUUUUUGCCAUUUUUUCAUAUUCUUUAUUUAUUGCAUAUUUUUACAAUAUAAACACACCAAAGGAGUAACGUCAAUUCAAAGUAACAAACAACAUUAUUCGUAAUAUGGCUAUGAAAUUUUUUAGUAAAUUUACAAUAUUUUUAAAGUCUUGUAUUAAAAAAAUUAAAUGUAAUAUAAAUAAAUUUAUAUUUUUUUAUACAAUGC